AUGCAGCCCUACUUUGCCAUAGGUGCUCUUCUUAUACUGACUGUUACCAUGAGAUCAGCAACUGCCACAGCACGGAGUGAGAAUGAUGCCACCGGAGAAGAUGUCUAUCCCCCUCUGUGGUACCUUGCCCCUGAAAAUCUGCUGGAUUACCUAGUAAAGGACAACAAAAUUGUCAUUGAUGCUUGGAACUAUCAAGAACGACUAGGAGUGUAUAAGAACUUGCUAAACUCUUCAGCCAAAUAUUUUACUGCUUUUGGAUCCCAAAAUUUUGGCAAUAUUCUCUGGGGAUUACCGUUGCAGCAUGGGUGGCAAUUUCGUACAGGCAGAUUAGCAGAUCCUUCCAGUGUGACUUCCUGUGGCCAUGAAGACGGAGACCUCCUGUGCAUAUCUGUAAGAAGCUGGUGGUCCU